AUGAUUGCGUCACUGGCGGACUACCAGUACAAGGCUCUUUCAACAAUCGACUCCAUACGCCUCCUCAGCGUUUCGCGAGACAACCAUCAUCCUCACGGACUCUGCCUCUCGCUGAAGGAGCUACCCAAGUAUGGCAACUCUGAACAGACACUGGAGCCAGGGCCAGGAAUGACGUUUGAGGUAGUCUGUGACGGUAGAUUGAUGAAGAUAUCUGAGAAUCUAUUCAACUUCCUCUGUACCAUCCUCGAGUUCCGAUGCCUAGCAAAGGCUGGCGCGGACGAACCUUCCUCCACGACUCCGAAAUGUCCGCCCAAAGUCAAGUCCGCGCUGGAAACAAUGCCACUGUGGAUAGACGCGUUCUGCAUCGACCAGGCCAACGACAAGGAGAAGGGACAUCAAGUGCUCCUUAUGCACCGCAUCUACAGUGCCGCGCAGAAUGUUCUUGUGUGGCUAGGGCUCUCGGAGCCUGAUCCCGAGGUUCAGUGGAUCCACGACAAGUUUGUCCCUCGUCUAUCUCGGGCACUAAGGAAGCCGGAGUCUGUAAAGGCCCAAUUGUACAAGGACCCUUACUGCAGGAAACCUGAAGUUCUCGAUCUUUUGGGGCCCGACACAUGUUCCAGAUGGGGAACGUCAUGGUUCAUUCUUGCAAAGUUCCUUGGGGAAAAUCGCUGGUUCGAUCGCGGUUGGGUCGUUCAGGAAAUUGCUUUGGCAAAUCCAGCUCAAACACAUAUCAUGUGUGGAAAAGUUGUCUUGAGUUGGAAGCGCCUCGGUGCAUUCGUGCAGUUUCUCCAUGAGUCUCGAUGGAGCCACUCCCUGGAAACACACAUCGAACGGUCGUUCGAACAUGUUAAACUAUUCCCCAAUGGUCAAGCCCUGUCCAAGCCGCAAAGUCCUACCAGUAGGCAUCUUGGCAUCGGAGGUGGUCUACACAAGAUUAACGGAGUCCGCAAUCUGCUAAGCGAACUUGUGUUCUACACGGGAAACGAAAGCUGGAGCAUGAGAUCGGAGCCCGCAUGGCUCGCAUGUGCCAGUGUCAUCAUUUCCACUCUCCGCUCCUUUCACUUUGGGGAUGACCGCGAUCAUAUUCACGGGAGCCUGGGCAUGCUCUCGAUGCUUCUACCCCAAGGAGUCUCGAGCCCCAUCAUUCCUGACUACGAUCAAAGCGUGGAGGAUGUCUUCACAUCUGUCGCUGCGUGCUUUCUCGGACGGCUUCCAUUACUAUCAGAACUCAGACAUAUCGGAAAGGAGAAGACCCGCCGUUACACAGCCUUACCGUCGUGGGUACCUGCUUAUUCGGUACCAAAUGCGUCGAAAACGGAUCGCCACAACCGAUAUGGUGGGUUACCUCAGACCGAGGUAACUCUCAAAGUCCUAGGACGGUGCGAGGGAGAAAUAUGGUCGCGCGAACUGAGAAGGCCUUCUAUCAUUGGACAAAAGCUUGUUUUGCAUGGCAUGAAGAUAGACCAACAAGUCUGGGAAGAGCUUGAUAACGAAUGUUUCUAUCGUACUUCUCGACAGGCUUUCGGGCUGGGCUCUCAUUUUGCAAUGGAGCAUGACCAAAUUUGGUUCGCAGAAGGUGCUUCUGUUCCUUUCAUUCUACGAGAAGUUACACCUGCUCCGGAGACUGGCAAAGGGGGUACUCAACCUCGAGUAUUCCGCUAUAUUGGAGACAUCGAGCUCUCUGAUUUUGAUGUCUACUCUAGCGAGUUGACUUUUGAACGGCACACACUAGAAUAUGAGGAGAUCAACAUUAUAUGA